UGUUGCUACGGCCAGGGGGCGUAGUCUCUCCGAGAGGAGCUGCUGCUGCUCCACUUUGGCUCUCCCCGCGACAUCAACUGACUCUACCCGGGACAGACCGAAGAAGAUGGCGGCCACGGACCGUUCCCGGUCUGAAGCUGCAAAGCAGCGACGGCAGGAUCAGUUACAGCGAUGGCUGGGCUCGGAAACCGAUCAGACGGGACCGGGGACGCGGGACGGGUCGACGGGAACCGGGACGCGGCGGGCCCGGGUUCGGUUCGCUCAGGGAGCCGUGUUUAUGGCAGCCUGUUCGGCCGGGGACAGAGAGGAGGUAGCGGCGCUCCUACGACAGGGCGCUGACAUCAACCACGCCAAUAUAGACGGACUGACAGCGCUUCACCAGGCGUGUAUAGAUGAGAAUGCAGAGAUGGUCCAGUUCCUGGUGGAGAGUGGGAGUGAUGUGAACCGGGGGGACAACGAGGGGUGGACUCCCCUCCACGCUGCUGCCUCCUGUGGGUUCAUACAGAUCACCAAGUACCUGAUAGAGCACGGUGCACGUGUGGGGGCGGUGAACAGUGAAGGAGAGCUUCCUCUGGAUGUGGUCACUGAGGAUGCUAUGGAGAGACUGUUGAAGGGGGAGAUCAAGAAACAAGGGGUUGACGUGGACAUGGCACGACGGGAAGAGGAGCGCGUGAUGCUGGCGGAUGCCAACGCGGUGCUGGCAGGAAGUGGCGUGCUGACACCUCAUCCUAACACCAAGGCCACAGCGCUGCACGUGGCCGCUGCCAAGGGCUACAUAGAGGUCAUGAAGGUCCUGCUCCAGUGUGGUCUGGAUUUGGACAGUGGUGAUGUGGAUGGCUGGACAGCCCUGCACGCUGCUGCUCACUGGGGACAGCAGGAGGUGUGUUCUCUGCUGGCUGACAACAUGUGUGAGAUGGCUGCUCUCAACAACGUGGGACAAACCCCUCUAGAAGUAGCAGAUGACACCCUAGUGGACACUCUGGAGGAGCUGACAAAGAAACAAAAUUCUCUGCGUACAGAAAAAGCCAAGCUGUCCCAGCCUCCUGUCAUCGAGACCAGCCCUCCUAUCAAUAUGGCAUCGGUUCGACCACGCAAGACCUCAAUCUCUCGUAUGAGCAGCCGGGAGAAGAUCUGCCUCCACGAGAGGGAGAAGCACCCUCCCCCUGCCCUGACCAGCAGCCCUGCUGAGGAUGAGGAUGAGGAGGGGGUACAGACUCAGCAUGGGACACAGGGACAGGCCCAAGCCUCCAGCAGCUCCAGUUCAGAAGAAGAAGAGGACGAGUCUGAGAGCGAUGCAGAAUCAGAGAAAGCCAAAAACCGAGAGAUCAUCAACAACUUGAACAACAAACGCAACAGCUCCUCCCCCCACGCUACCUCCAUGGCAACCAGCACUUCAGGAAACACUGUUAAAAAGCAGGACCCGGGGAAGCCCCCAGCCCCAGAGGCAGCACCUAGCUCAGCCCCUGGUGCGGCCCCUGGCUCCUGGAGGACCUCUCUUCGUAAAGCAGGCAGCUCCGUGACCCUGGGGCCUUCAGGUACCACCGACCCAAGUCAGGAGUCCACCCGCGGGGCGCCUGAGUCGGGCCUGGGUAUGAUCCGCUCUGCCUCCAGCCCACGCCUCAGCUCUGACACCAGUACAGACACCAAGGAACCCAGGACUGCCAGAGUGAACCCCAGUCCAACCAGACGUCUCUUCAGUAUACCAGACACCAACCCAGACAGCACUAGCAGGUUUGUGAACCCCAGUCCAACCAGACGUCUCUUCAGUAUACCAGACACCAACCCAGACAGCACUAGCAGGUUUGUGAACCCCAUUCCAACCAGACGUCUCUUCAGUAUACCAGACACCAACCCAGACAGCACUAGCAGGUUUGUGAACCCCAGUCCAACCAGACGUCUCUUCAGUAUACCAGACACCAACCCAGACAGCACUAGCAGCUGGCUGAGUCGUAGCGCCUCUUACACCCGCCGCCUCAAUAGCACAGGAUGUGUUCUCAGUAGCUCCACCCCCUCCUUGCCUCUCAGCUCAUCCUGUGGACGCAGACUGGAUGACCCCACAGUGACCUCAACAACAGGAACUGGAAGUAGCUUCUCUGCUGGACUCAGUCGUCUCAACAUCCUAGUGGCCCAGAGACUGGCUCAGGAGCAGGCAGAGAAGAAGAAGGAGCAGUGCUCUGUCACCCCCAACUCUGUCACCACGACGACCGGCGGUGACUUGGAGACAAAGCAGAGGCGCAAAUCCUACUUGACCCCGGUUCGUGAUGAGGAGGCGGAGGCUCAGAGGAAGGCUCGAUCCAGACACGCCAGACAGUCACGACGAUCCACUCAGGGCGUGACGCUCACAGACCUGCAGGAAGCUGACAAGACAAUGAAGACAGCCCAGACGGACGCAGGGAGAGAGAAGACAAGGAAAGAGGAGGAGGAGGAGGAGGCGGCCAAUAAGAAGAGAGCAGAAGAGGGGGAGGUAAGCUGGAGGUCCCGUAUCGCCAACCUGCAGAAGUCUGACCUGCUGGGGCUGACUCAACCGGAUGGUACCUCUCGCCCCCCGACCUCUAGCCAGGAGACUAGUGGAGGGGAACGUGAGAGGUCCCGUAUCGCCAACCUGCAGAAGUCUGACCUGCUGGGGCUGACUCAACCGGAUGGUACCUCUCGCCCCCCGACCUCUAGCCAGGAGACUAGUGGAGGGGAACGUGAGAGCGACCGUAUCGCCAGGGAGAGACGGAGGACCAGGAGGAGAGCUCAGAGGGCUGGAGAGAUUGAUGACAACGAGCCCAGUGGAGAGGAGGGGUUUGGAGGCAGUGGGCGCGCCAGCACCAGGUCUGACGUGUCAUGUAACGACUGUAUCGACAGAGGAGGAGGCUCUGAGACCAACGAUUACAAGAAGCUGUUUGAGGUGGUGUCCAGGGAGAAUGGUCAACUCCAGUCUCAACUGGAGGACACCCAGAGGACCGUCUCUCAGACUAGACUGGACCUGGACAAGGCUACUCAGAGACAGGAGCGCUUUAGUGAUUGUUCAGCAAUGCUAGAGAUGGAGAAGAAGGAGCGUCGGAUGUUGGAGCGGCGUGUGGCUGAGCUGGAGGCAGAGUUGAAGGUGCUCGGUGACCUGAGAGCUGACAACCAGAGGCUGAAAGAUGAGAACGGAGCGUUGAUCAGAGUCAUCAGUAAACUCUCCAAAUAGACGGAGAGAACGAGAUACAACAGGGAUGCCCCCCUUGCUUCCUCCCAUCAUCCCUCCCUCCUGUCCAUCCACUCCUCCCAGUGCCAAAGAACAAGAGGGAGAGAGAGGUGGCGGAAACAGGUGAAGAGCAGCAGGAGAAUGUGGUAAUCUAAACUUCUUGAUGUGAUUGAUUAUGACGUCUCUUAUUCUUUAGGCCUCCUGACCGGUCGCCGUGGCUUGUCGUGUGUGUGUGUGUGUGUGUGUGUGUGUGUGUGUGCCUUAUGCCCACUUUGAGGACAGCCAUGACAACUGUGGUCAUGACAACAGCUCGCAUAGUAGCAACGAGACAACAGUCAAAUGCCCAUGACGAUGUGCACCAGGGGGAAAAACACCAAUAUGCACACACACCCCUCCAUGCACAUUGGACCGGUCCAAGGCAUCUUGUUCCCUUUACAUCGACUCCAUCCAUACCCUGGAUCUAUACCCUAGACCAUACCCUGGAUCCAUACCAUAGACCAUACCCUGGAUCUAUACCUAGACCAUACCAUAGACCAUACCCUGGAUCUAUACCCUAGACCAUACCCUGGAUCUAUACCAUAGACCAUACCCUGGAUCUAUACCAUAGACCAUACCCUGGAUCCAUACCAUAGACCAUACCAUAGACCAUACCCUGGAUCCAUACCAUAGACCAUACCCUGGAUCCAUACCGUAGACCAUACCCUGGAUCCAUACCCUAGACCAUACCCUGGAUCCAUACCAUAGACCAUACCCUGGAUCUAUACCCUAGACCAUACCAUAGACCAUACCCUGGAUCCAUACCAUAGACCAUACCCUGGAUCCAUACCAUAGACCAUACCCUGGAUCUAUACCUGGAUCCAUACCAUAGACCAUACCCUGGAUCUAUACCAUAGACCAUACCCUGGAUCUAUACCCUAGACCAUACCCUGGAUCUAUUCCCUAGACCAUACCCUGGAUCCAUACCAUAGACCAUACCCUGGAUCCAUACCAUAGACCAUACCCUGGAUCCAUACCGUAGACCAUACCCUGGAUCCAUACCCUAGACCAUACCCUGGAUCCAUACCAUAGACCAUACCCUGGAUCCAUACCAUAGACCAUACCCUGGAUCCAUACCAUAGACCAUACCCUGGAUCCAUACCAUAGACCAUACCAUGGAUCCAUACCAUAGACCAUACCAUGGAUCUAUACCCUAGACCAUACCAUAGACCAUACCCUGGAUCCAUACCAUAGACCAUACCCUGGAUCCAUACCAUAGACCAUACCCUGGAUCCAUACCAUAGACCAUACCCUGGAUCCAUACCAUAGACCAUACCCUGGAUCCAUACCAUAGACCAUACCCUGGAUCCAUACCAUAGACCAUACCAUAGACCAUACCCUGGAUCCAUACCAUAGACCAUACCCUGGAUCUAUACCCUAGACCAUACCAUAGACCAUACCCUGGAUCCAUACCAUAGACCAUACCCUGGAUCUACACCCUGUAUCCAUACCUCUUAAUCUGGGUGUGUCUUUCAUCAAUGUGUUUUGAACCCACCCCUCCUCCUCCUCACACACUACUAAAGUCCACAUCCCAAAUAGCACCCUAUCCAAUAUGUAGUGGAUUACUUUAGGGCUCUAGUCAAAAGUAGUGCACUAAAUAGGGAAUAGGGUGCCUUUUGAGGACGUUUCCAGACCACAGACACACUCCAUGCUCCUUUAAAUGACCACAGACAGAGCAGUCUGUUGACCACUGCACUUUACUUACAAUCAGGCAGGCAAAGCUAAGCGAUCACAGAUCAGUGCAGCACCAGGCAAAGCUAAGCGAUCACAGAUCAGUGCAGCACCAGGCAAAGCUAAGCGAUCACAGAUCAGUGCAGCACCAGGCAAAGCUAAGCGAUCACAGAUCAGUGCAGAACCAGGCAAAGCUAAGCGAUCACAGAUCAGUGAGGCUUCGCCACCAUCCUGAGUCGUACUAUACAAAACAGCUCGUCUCCUACAGGAAUCUGCAUCCCAAUAAUCUCUCCUAUCUCCUGACGUGUGCACUCAAAGUGUUGGGUAGGUGCAGGCCUGGGCUUCAAGGGGGUUUCACCAUGUUCUUUGUCCCGGGAUGCAUAGGACACCCUCCUCAGGUUUCUAUUGGCUAGGAAGGAGGGGGAGCUAGAGCUCAGACCUGAUGAUAGAGACUUGCUGUUCUGGAAAAGCCUAUAUGCUAUGCAUUGUUUUUCAUUAUUAUUACUAUCAUGAUAAAAUAUUAUUUUCAUAUUUUUUACAUUUAUCUGAUGUCAAUCUCUCCCGCUUUGAAAGGGAGGCAAAUUGUUGGUUAUCUAUAUGAUAUUACACUUGUAUAAAUGAAUAAUAUUAGUCAUGAAUGAAUAAUAACAACCUUCAGAAGUGAAUUCCAUGUGUGUGUGUCCCCAUGUUGGUCUAAUAUAUUAAAUGAUGACGGAACCUAAUAAACGAUGUGUGUGUGUGUCUGCA